AAGUCCGUCGUCUUCACCGGUUGCCGGCCGUCGUGUUCGCAGUUCCAGUCUCCGUUCAGGUUCCCUGAAGAAACCAGUCCAAUCGAAGAAGGCUCGUGAACUCAGAAAAGCAAAGAAAUAAUCCGAAUUUCGUCAAUGGAGUCUUCCAACGGCUCCAAAGCAGAGCAGUUCAAACUCCUAGCAAAUGAGUCCUUCAAAGCGCAUAAAUUUGCUGAAGCCAUCGAUUUGUACACACGAGCAAUUGAAUCGGACGGCCAGAAUGCGGUGUAUUGGGCUAACCGUGCCUUCGCCCACACCAAACUGAAGGAGUAUGGCCCUGCCGUACAUGAUGCCUCAAAAGCUAUUGAGGUUGACCCUAAAUAUGCAAAGGGGUACUAUAGACGAGGUGAUGCAUAUUUAGCAAUGGGGAAGUUUGAGGAUGCACUCAAAGAUUUUCAACAGGCCAACAGAUUAUGCCCAAAUGACCCAUUUAUUAUGGAGAAAUUGAAGGAAUGUGCGACAAAGCUUGAAUUUGCAAAAAAUAUUGCUGUACCUGAAUCUCUUAAACAAUCAGUAGCUGAUUCUAUUGAAUAUCAAUCUAUAGGGUCAAGCUCUGGCUAUUCAUUUACUUACAAAAAAGUAACUGAUUUAGCAUCAGCAAUCGGCAUUGCAUUACUGGUAUAUAUGAGCUCUAGAUCAACCACACGGUUGGGCCUGUUGCUGUCAACAGCUUUGGCGACAUUCUUCGUAGCUCUGUGGCUAGGCUGCCUCAAUCACAGUUUCCUUUCCAAGCGUGAAACAGUUGGAACAGGUUAUACUUCUAUUGUAUCACAUGUAGGAAUGGAGCCUCAAUAUAGUGAUGCAAUGUUUGAGGGAGAUAUUUUAACUUUAGAUUUUGUGAAGAAAAUGAUGGAUGACUUCAAACACCUUAAGAGAUUACAUGAAAGAUAUGCAUACCAAAUUGUUUUACAAACAAGAAUGAUGCUGAAAUCAUUGCCCUCUCUGGUUGACAUUGAGGUUCCUCAUGGCAAGCAUAUUACUGUUUGUGGCGAUGUGCAUGGUCAGUUUUUUGACCUUCUAAAUAUUUUUGAGCUCAAUGGGCUUCCAUCUGAAGAUAAUCCAUACCUCUUCAAUGGUGAUUUUGUUGAUAGAGGGUCCUUCUCUGUAGAAGUCAUACUGACAUUGUUUGCUUUGAAAUGCAUGUGCCCAUCAGCUGUUUAUCUCUCUCGAGGCAAUCAUGAAAGCAAGAGCAUGAACAGAGUAUAUGGUUUUGAGAGCGAAGUUCGUUCAAAAUUAAAUGAAACAUUUGUUGAACUUUUUGCGGAAGUGUUCUGCUGUUUACCCUUAGCUCAUGUGAUAAAUGGGAAGAUAUUUGUUGUUCACGGAGGGCUUUUUAGUGUUGAUGGUGUAAAGCUCUCUGAUAUUAGAGCAAUUGAUCGGUUUUGUGAGCCACCAGAACAAGGGUUGAUGUGUGAACUGCUGUGGAGCGACCCACAACCUCAACUUGGAAGAGGACCUAGUAGACGGGGUGUCGGUCUCUUAUUUGGCGGGGAUGUAACAAAACGAUUCUUGGAGGAAAAUAAUCUAGACUUAGUUGUGCGAUCACAUGAAGUAAAAGAUGAAGGCUAUGAGGUUGAGCAUGACGGUAAACUCAUCACCGUCUUCUCUGCUCCUAACUACUGCAAUCUGUUUGGUAACAAGGGAGCCUUUAUACGCUUUCACGCACCUGAUCUUAAACCAGAUAUUGUCACAUUUUCUGCCGUGCCGCACCCUCGAGCCAAGAAUGCCCUUCCCAUCUUGUCUUAGUUCAACCAAACACAAAGACCACACUAUGCGCUUUGCUUGCCGAAACUGGAGCUGUUCCUUGUUGACAUGACAAUGUUUGAAGUCAGGCUCGCACUAACUGCUUGUAAUUUGCCACGAAGUUCCUUUGGUCUAUGUUGACAAAAAGUAUAGGCUUAUAUGUAGUUGCCUAACUGUUGUAAAACUUGUACUCUGUAAAAAAAGCCUUACUCUCUAUGUGUAUAUGUCGGAUAUAAACCUUCUAUCUGGUCAUGUAAGAUAAUUGAUUGUUGGAUUUCUUCUCAUUAGACAUAUUUAAUGUCUGAUUCAUACUAUGGUGCUGGGAGCUAUUCCAUUUGU